CUCGUCUCCUCACACAGUAUGCUCACUCGUCUUCGCGUUUCUCAUGUUGCAGCCAACAACACCACCCUCACAAUUCAUCGACCCGCCGUUCCGGUCAUCCGCCUUUUUGACGCUGCUACAGAGCCGAGUUGAAAACGUUCCUCACGUCACGCACCAGACGAGCUACCGCAGAGAUGACGCCCUCGGCCGAGGCAACCACGUCGGCUAUAGACGCCUGGGCAGACGACAGCGCCAUCACCGAGUCGCCCAUGGAGGACGACGACGCCCGAUCAAGAGCAUCCGAGGCUUGGUCCGACCACUCGCCGGAGCGCCCGCUCCUGGUCGCUCCCGAGGCAGAGACGUGGACGCCGCCGCCCGGCUUCACCUGGAUCCAGGUAGCCAUCAUGCUCAACGUCUUCCUCAACGGCUUCGACGGCACCAUCACCGCCGCAACGUACGCCGUCAUCAGCUCCGAGUUUGACGCCGCCAACACGGCCUCGUGGCUGACCACCUCGUACCUCGUCACCGCUGCCGCCUUCCAGCCGCUCUAUGGGCGCGUCUCCGACAUCUUUGGCCGCCGCGUGUGCUUCUUCGUCUCGACCGUCACCUUUGCCGCCGGCUGCCUCGGCUGCGGCAUCGCCCGUGAUGUCGUGUUCCUCAACAUCAUGCGAGCGCUGACGGGCUUUGGCGGCGGCGGGCUCAUGACAAUGGGUAGCUCCGCAUUGUGCUUUGCCCAUUCAUUUUUAGACGUACUGACUCGGGUCGCAGCAACCAUUGUCAACUCGGAUAUGAUUCCGUUUCGGAAGCGCGGCAUGUACCAGGCCAUGCAAAACGGCAUCUUUGGCUUCGGCGCCAUCGCGGGCGCCUCGUUUGGCGGCACAAUCGCCGAUCACAUCGGCUGGCGCUGGUGCUUUCUCCUGCAGGUUCCCAUCUCCGUCAUGGCCUUUGUCGUCGGCUGGCUGGUCCUCAGGAACCAGAGCGGCGGGCUCUCGCUCGACGACGGCCUCGGCGCCGCCUGGAAGAGGGUCGACGUUUCGGGCGCUCUGCUGCUCGUGGCUGCCAUCUCGAUCCAACUCGUGGGGCUGAGUCUCGGCGGCAACGAGCUCCCAUGGACGAGUCCCUGGGUGAUUGGAUCGCUCGUCGGGAGCCUCGCGCUCUUUGCUGUCUUCUUUCGCGUCGAGGCGACGACGUCUGCUAUCCCCGUCAUUCCCUUGCGCAUGCUCAAGGGGCGUCUGCCGGUGGCCACGCAGAUUGCCAACGUGUGCGCCGGCAUGGCAGCGUAUGCCUACCUAUUCAUGUUGCCCUUGUUCUUCCAGGUCGUGCUGCAAGACUCGGCAACCAAGGCUGGCGCUCGCCUCGCGAUCCCAUCGUUGGCGACUCCUAUCGGCGGGCUGGUCGCCGGGGUCGUCAUGUCGCGAUGGGGACGGCUCAUCGGCCUCAUGCGCUGCGGCGUCGUCCUCAUGACGAUAGGAAACGCCCUGGUCACGUCCUUUGGGUUCACCGAUCCGUCGUGGAAGUAUUUCGUCUACAUCUUCCCAGCAAACCUCGGCCAGGGCAUCGUGUAUCCGUCGAUUCUCUUCACCUCGUUGGCCUCUUUCACGCAUUCAGACCACGCCGUCUCCGCGUCGACGGUCUACCUAGUGCGGUCCCUUGGUACCGUAUGGGGCGUCUCCAUCACGUCUGCCAUUGUGCAAACCUCGCUCAGCGUCCGCUUGCCGGACGCUUUGGGCGUGAUACCAGAUAAAUGGACAGUAGGACCUUUUCUUUAUUCGUCAUUGCCUUGUCUGCCAUGUAGAGUCCGAGGGGCGUGAGCUGACUUGACUAGUUGAUUGAGAAGAUCCGACAUUCCGUCGACGCUCUGGAUGAUUUACCGCCCGACCUGCAGCUCAAGGCCCGCCACGUCUACUACGAGGGCAUACAGUACGCCUUCGGCGCGUCAACCGUCAUUGCGGCGGUCGCCGUCGUCGCGGCCUUUGUCGCCAACGGGACGAACCUGCGCAAGACAAACUAAAUGCAGAUGCCCUGCUGCCAUUAGGUAAGUUGUUCAACAAGCAUAGGCGACGCAGCUGGCGUCAAAGGAGGAGGCAUGGUGAGGAGCUGGCAAGGUAGGGUACGCUCAAGACCAAUACAGCUUGAUACAAUCAUCACCGAUGACUGGCGCCGGUCUCGAAAAGAAGACGGUACCAUGUCUGGGUCUGGUACAAUGUGAAUGAAUCGAGUCUGUCCACGAAAAA